ACACUAGACAGUACUACACUAGUACACUACUGUUCACCAGUAGUGACAGCCGCCGGUCGUCCGUCGUUUGGUGUUUCACGUAUUUUUCCCUCUUAAAAUAAUCGUUUUUCGAAUUGUAGCUCCCGCAUGGCCGUUGAACGAAACCCCCGAAAACGAUCGAAAUCAUUAUAAUACAAAUUAUAUCGAACACGUGAAAAACGAGUUCUAACGGAAAUAAAAUUAGUUUGUUCGUGAUCGAUAAUUUUUUUGUUUUGUUCUCGACUCGUUUUGCGUGCGACAAAUCGCCGGGCGAAUCCCCCCCGUGUUUAUAUAUUAUAGACGACAGACUUAGUCUCGAAAUGUAUCCACACCGCGUCCGAACGUGACGUGAUACACCUCAGUCGUCGUAUUUUGGGAAUUAUUUAUAUAAACACUAUAAGCAUACACACACCCCAUCCGGUUGUCUGUUUUCCUAAGCCCCUGUGAUAAGCUCGUACUUGUGCUUUGUAUCGAAAUAUCCAAUAUACGCGUACCCCAUACGGAGAAGUGAUGGCGGACGACGUUAAGUAUAGGACCGAUGACGCGUCCAACAACAACGUGACCGGCAAAAGAACGCAAUUGUUUCCGAAAAAGGCCGAAGUCGACUUGACGUUCAAAAAUCUCACCUAUACCGUAAAUACGUUCAGCAAGUUCAAAAAAGUGAAAAAAGAGAUUUUGCACGGAAUUAACGGCAGUUUCCGGUCUGGACAACUAACGGCGAUCAUGGGACCGUCGGGUUGCGGCAAGAGCACAUUACUCAACGUUCUUGCCGGAUAUUCGAUAAGUGGAAGUUCGGGCCAAGUGUAUUUGAACGACUCGUUGCGAGAGGAAAAACAAAUGGCGAACAUCAGCUGUUACAUACAGCAGGACGAUUACGUGCGCGACCUGUUGACCGUCAGGGAAUCGAUGACGGUAGCUGCCCAUCUCAAGUUAUCGACAACCGUGUCGGCUAUAUCAAAGGCCAGCCAAGUGGAGGACUUGCUUGACGCAAUGGGUUUGUCCGUUCACGGAGACACCAUCACCAAACGGCUAUCCGGAGGCCAAAAAAAGAGACUGUCCAUCGCUUUAGAACUCAUAACCAACCCGUCAAUAUUGUUCCUAGACGAACCCACCACUGGUUUGGACAGCCAAUCUUGCAGUCAUUUCGUAUCAUUGAUUGCCGACCUAGCCCACAACCAAAGUCGUACCAUGGUGUGCACACUGCACCAGCCUAGUGCUUUACUGUUUGAAAAGUUCGACCAAAUUUAUGCGUUGAGCUCGGGCCAGUGUAUCUACCAAGGACCUCCUAACUUUGUUAUUCCUUAUUUUGCUGAACGGUCCAUCGUAUGUCCACCAUAUCACAAUCCCGCAGACUUCUUGAUCGAAGUGGCAAUAGGCGAAUAUGGUACUGAUGUACUGGACAAACUGGCCGAUACAACCAAAAUCACAUACGUUAACGGACACAAUAAUUGUCAUUUAAUUUCCAGUGAUCAAGAAUUACAACUAGAAAAUGGCACGUGCUUGAAAAAUAAUAAUAUUAUUGAUAAGAAAAAACCACUUAAAACCAAGAUCAAGAACAAACCACCAUUUUAUUUACAGGCUUAUCAUUUGUAUUUGCGAAAUGUAAUCAUGUACAAACGUAACAAAACAAACCUUAUGCUGCGAGUCAUCGCGCAUUUCGUCAUUGCUCUUAUUUUUGGAUACCUAUACCGUGGUGUGGGCAACGACGCGUCGGUAGUGAUCAGCAACAUGGUGUUCGUAUACGGUACCAAUUUGUUUUUGGUUUACACCGGCCAAAUGGCUGUUAUCGUGUCUUUUCCAUUAGAAUACAAGGUCUUGAAGCGGGAACACUUUAACAGUUGGUUCACACUUUUCCCGUACAUGGUAUCCAUACUGUUGGUUGAAAUACCGUUUCAGAUACUGUGCUGCCUCGUCUAUAUCGUGCCGUCGUAUAUAAUGACGAACCAACCACUGGAAAUGAUGCGAUUCAGUUACUUCACUAUUUUUUUGGUAGUUACUUCCCUGACGUCGCAGAGUACCGGAUUCUUGUGCGGCGCUACUAUGCCAGUCAAGGUGUCUGUAUUCGUCGGACCAGUGUUUGUGGUGCUCUUGUCCGUGUUUGGUUUUGCAAUACGGUUUACGGACAUUCCUGCCAUCUAUGUGUGGCUUCACUAUUUCAGUUUUGUACGAGGGUCGUUCCAGAGUCUCGUGUAUACGCUGUACGGCUUCGGCAGAGACGUCUUACCGUGCGCCGACGAAAUGUACUGUCAUUAUAAGAAUCCAAUGAAGUUUCUCACCGAAAUGGAAUUCGCCCAAGUGAACAUUUAUCCCGAAUUUUUCUACAUAUGCUUCUUUUUUCUUUGCACUUACGUGCUGACGACAACAGUGAUAUGGUACAGGCUGAACAAACGGUAGAUCUGACUCGAAAUUUGCAAUAGGACUGAUGAGUCUUAGGCCACAGAUAAUUGUAUAUAUGUAAUUGUAAAUUGCGUGGCAAAAUAAUAUUUUAUUUUGGAUGCGUAAUAAUAUGUAUGGUGUAUUAUGAUUGCUAAUAUACUAAUGUUUUUUAUAUGUAAAAAUAUCUUAUAAAUUACAGUGUAUAUAAUAUUACAUAAGAUGCUACUAUAUUGAUAUAGUUUAUUGUUGUAAUGUACAAUACAAAGAUAAAUUAUUGUGAUAACUGAUAAUACGUGAAGUUUAUAUUGUUUACCCGUGGUAUGUUCGUUUGAACGACGUUGCUCUAUAUAAUAUGCUAUAUAGAAGAACACGCUCAUCUCGUAAUUAAGUUCCUAUAGAAAAUUGUUUUUUUUUUGUUUUCUUAUAAAAAUGUUUUAUUUAGGAACGUACUUAUGGCACUUAUUUUUUUUUUUUUAUUUGUUUGUCACAAAUACGUUAAGUUUUUCAAUACCGUUUGAUAUGCUAUAUAUAUAUAUAUAUAUAUAUAUAAUAAUAAUAAUAUUAUAAUGUUUUUU